AUGACUUCUGCAACACAGGUCCCCAACUCAGCAACCCGAUUCAACUCCCAACUCAGCAUUGUCGGAUCUACCCGGCAUGGAUCGUCGUCACACAUCAAGCCACUGCCACUGCUCGACACAUUCCAGUGCAAUUUGAAAUGCCAACGGUUGGAGCACAAACCAAAAACCGAAUCACACGACGACUUCGAUUUGCUUUUUCCGCCCCCUUCCCCAUGCAUUUGUGAUGCCCCCCGGAGAAAAAGCGAACAAAUGGACCGAGCCAAAGACGAUGCCGCCCACAUCAAGGCCAGCAGCCAAGUGAACGUUCAACUCAGGCCUCUAACCGAGCCAGCCAACCUGCAUGAGGCGACUGAUCCGAGUGGACAGCUAUGUCAAUCCAGACAUCCUGUGCAUUGGUAG